GGAUUGCGGCGGUAGCUGCGGGGCUCUGGGAAGGGAUAGGCAGGGCGGCGGGUGGCUGCUCGCUGGAUGCAGCCACGGGUCAUGUGACCGGAAGGGCUCCCGACGGACGCCGUCCCUCCUCGGCGCGGCCUGAGCGCCCGGCCCGACCCCGGCCAUGGGGUGCUGCUACAGCAGCGAGAACGAGGACUCGGACCAGGACCGAGAGGAGCGGAAACUGCUGCUGGACCCUAGCAGCCCCCCUACCAAAGCCCUCAAUGGAGCUGAGCCCAACUACCACAGCCUGCCUUCCACUCGCACAGAUGAGCAGGCCCUGCUCUCCUCCAUUCUUGCUAAGACAGCCAGCAACAUCAUUGACGUGUCUGCUGCGGACUCCCAGGGCAUGGAGCAGCAUGAGUACAUGGACCGGGCAAGGCAGUACAGCACCCGCUUGGCUGUGCUGAGCAGCAGCCUGACCCACUGGAAGAAGCUGCCACCGCUGCCAUCUCUCACCAGCCAGCCCCACCAAGUGCUGGCCAGCGAGCCCAUCCCCUUCUCCGACUUACAGCAGGUCUCCAGGAUAGCUGCUUAUGCCUACAGUGCACUUUCUCAGAUCCGAGUGGAUGCAAAAGAGGAGCUGGUUGUACAGUUUGGGAUCCCAUGAAGAGAGGGAUCCUUGGGACAGCUCUUCUCCUCUCUUCACCCGUCUCCACCCUGCCUCUCCUGGCCCCCAACCUCACUGCGGCUCAUACAGUACCCUAACCUGCUACUAAUCACAGAGAAGAGUGUGGAGGAGGAGAAGAAGCUGGAAGGCUGGAAGCCUGAGCAAGUGAGGAUGGAGCAAGGGAGGGUAGAACCAUUUGGGACUGGCGUUCAAAGCCCUGGCCAGGGAUGGGGUGGGGGUCAAAAGAUUAGGGCGUAGUAGGUCUUCACUGUCACUGGGAAGGUGGAGGUACCACUGUGAGAGAGUGAUCCUUAGGGGGCCUGUGGGGGCCCCCUUCCCAUCCUUUCUCUUGGCCUCACUCCUGCCCCCCUCUCCCUGACUUGGUGCUCACAUGCACCUCAGUAGGGUUUGUGACCAGGGUCUGGACGAGCUUGAAUCUGAAUGAAUUGAGUUUGUAUAUCUAGCACCCUGGGUUUUUACAUGUUUGGGGUUUUGUUUUGGUUUGUCACCCUCGAUAAAGGAAGUGUAUUCAUCUGUG